UUCCCCCAUUUCGUCUCCGGCUCCGAGGCGCUCCCAAAUCUGCGCGACCCGCCGGCGGCGGCGGCGACGACGACGAUGGUGGGGAGCGUCGGGAACGGGCUGGCGGACCUUGGCGCGGCCGUUAACGGCGCCAGGGGGAAGGGGAUGGGGAUGGAGGUGGGGAUGGGGAUGGGGAUGCUCCCCGGGGCGGCGGAGGCGGCGCUCGCGAUGGAGGUGGAGGCGGCGGCGGGGGAGGAGGAUGGGGUGGAGUCGCCGGGGAGGAGGGAGAUCGUGUUGGGGAGGAACGUGCACACGGCGUCCUUCGCGGUGAAGGAGCCCGACGCGGACGACGAGGAGACCGGGGAGCGGGAGGCCGCCAUGGCCAGCGUCCUCGCGCUCUACCGCAAGUCCCUCGUCGAGCGCACCAAGCACCACCUCGGUUACCCAUACAACCUGGACUUCGAUUACGGUGCACUUGGCCAGCUGCAGCACUUCUCCAUCAACAACCUUGGUGACCCCUUCAUCGAGAGCAACUAUGGUGUGCAUUCCAGGCAGUUUGAGGUGGGAGUAUUGGAUUGGUUUGCUCGCCUGUGGGAGCUAGAAAAGGAUGAAUACUGGGGUUACAUUACAAACUGUGGCACAGAAGGAAACCUGCAUGGUAUUCUUGUUGGGAGAGAGGUAUUCCCUGAUGGAGUCCUGUAUGCCUCCCGGGAGUCCCACUAUUCAGUAUUCAAAGCAGCAAGGAUGUACAGGAUGGAAUGUGUUAAGGUGGACACCUUUAUUUCUGGGGAAAUAGACUGUGAAGAUUUCCAGAGAAAGUUAUUGCUUAACAAAGAUAAACCUGCCAUUAUUAAUGUGAACAUUGGGACAACUGUUAAGGGGGCUGUUGAUGAUCUUGACUUGGUUAUUAAAACACUUGAAGAAAAUGGCUUCAAAGAUCGGUUUUAUAUCCAUUGUGAUGGUGCUCUUUUUGGACUGAUGAUGCCAUUUGUUAAGAAGGCACCUAAGGUUUCAUUCAAGAAGCCUAUCGGGAGUGUGAGUGUCUCCGGGCACAAGUUUGUAGGAUGCCCCAUGCCAUGUGGUGUCCAGAUAACAAGGUUGGAGCACAUAAAUGCUCUUUCUAGCAAUGUGGAGUAUCUGGCAUCAAGAGAUGCAACGAUCAUGGGGAGCAGGAAUGGCCAUGCUCCAAUCUUCCUCUGGUACACUUUGAACAGGAAAGGCUACAGGGGCUUUCAGAAGGAAGUCCAAAAGUGCCUGAGGAACGCCCACUACCUGAAAGAUCGUCUCAGGGAGGCUGGAAUCGGCGCCAUGCUCAACGAGCUCAGUAGCACCGUUGUGUUCGAGAGGCCAAAGGACGAGGAGUUCGUCCGAAGGUGGCAGCUCGCCUGCGAGGGUAGCAUUGCUCAUGUCGUGGUGAUGCCCAAUGUGACCAUUGACAAGCUGGACUAUUUCCUGAACGAGUUGAGGGAGAAGCGGGCGACCUGGUACCAGGACGGAGGGAUGUGCCAGGCUCCCUGCAUUGCCAGAGACGUAGGCCAGGACAGCUGCCUCUGCAGCCUCCACAAGAAGUGAAACUUACUACUACAAAGGCGUUCUGCACUGUAGGUUUUAUGUGUUGUCGUGAGCUAAGUUAGUACACCUGUUGUCUUGCGUUGUACCGAUGCCUUGCUGUAUGUAAUAAUUUGUUAUGCAGUGCAGCUUAUAUGUUGUAGUCAGGACAUUACAGUAAAAUUGGUGGGAUGAAACUUGACAUCUUCUUUGCCUC